AUGCCUGGACUCGUAGAAUUCCCCGCUACCUACACCGCCUACGCCUUCCUCGUACCUGGGGGCAAGCUCCAGAAAAUAACCGUUCCGUGGAAAUUUCCCAAGGCCGGCGAAAUCGUCGUCAAAGUGCUCGCCUGCGGCGUGUGCGGAACGGACGACAUCUGCCCGACUCAAGUCAUGCCGGUGCCCCUGCCCCGCGUCCCCGGACAUGAGAUCGUCGGGGACGUCGUGGCCGUGUCUUGCCAAGAAACGAUGUGGAAGGUCGGCCAGCGCGUUGGGGCCGGCUAUCAUGGCGGCCACUGCUAUACUUGCGUCCGCUGUCGGGCAGGCGACUAUAUGACAUGCCAGAACCAAUGCAUCAUCGGUGCAAACUGGGAUGGAGGCUACGCCGAGUACGUGACCUUGAGGUCGGAAGCCGUAGUCAAAGUCCCCGAGGACAUGGACCCUGCUGAAGCGGCGCCCCUUCUGUGCGCAGGUAUAUCGACGUUCAACGCCCUCCGUAACAUGUCAAUCUCCCCUCCCGAGUAUGUCGCCAUACAAGGCAUCGGAGGGCUGGGACAUCUCGCCGUCCAGUUCGCCUCAGCGAUGGGCUUCAGAACGAUCGCGUUAUCGUCGGACGGGUCCAAGGAGGAACUCGCUCGCACCCUCGGUGCGGACGAGUUCAUCGACAGCUCCAAGGUGGACCAAGCCCAGGCUCUCCAGGAGUUCGGGGGCAUGAAAGUCAUCAUGUCCACGGCGCCGAACGCGAACGUCACCGAGAGCCUCAUCGACGGCCUCGCGGUCAACGGCACUUUGCUCGUGCUCGCUGUGGAGCCUGAGCCGAUGAAGAUAUCGCCUUUGUCGUUGCUCGUGAAGCGCCUCUCCAUCCGUGGCUGGCCCGCGGGUUCUCCGAAGGACGCGGAGGACUGUCUCGCCUUCGUUCAGGCAAAGAAGCUCAAGUGCUUGGUGGAACGGUUCCCGCUCCACAAGGCCCAUGAAGCUUAUGCUCACAGGGAAACCGCCCGUUUCCGGGCCGUCAUCAUUCCGUAA